GCAGUCACUCAACACCAAUGAUUUAGGAAUUUUACCCGAGUUUGUAAAUGUUAAAACUUUAAUGUAAAUUCCGUUUAAAAAUUUUCGUAUUCAAGAUAUCCAUCAUGGCGCCAAAUAAGAGAUUGAUCCAGAGUCAGGAAUCUUCCGACAGCGUUCUGCAACUGUCAACGAUCUCCAUGAACAAAGUCAUGAGACCAAUAGGUUUUGCUGACACACGUGAUAAACAUACUCAUAUCGUUUGUACUAUGGGACCGGCAUGUUCAAGUGUCGAAACAGUCGUUCAGAUGAUCAAAUCUGGAAUGAAUGUUUGUCGUUUCAAUUUUUCUCACGGAACUCACGAAUCUCACGGAAAGACCUUGGCUAUAAUCAAAGAAGCGUUAAAGCAUGUUCCAGAGGCAAAUUUAGGUCUAAUGCUAGAUACAAAGGGUCCAGAAAUCAGAACUGGAUAUCUUAAGGGUCACCAGCCUAUCACUUUGGAGGCCGGCUCCAUUGUAAGAAUAACUACAGACUAUAGCUUUGAGGGUACUCCAGAGUGCAUAAGUUGCUCAUACAGUAAACUUCCCCAGGCAGUGUCUGUUGGAAACCUAAUCUUGAUUGCGGAUGGUACUUUAUCCUGUGAGGUUGUAUCAGUUGGUGAGACAGAAAUCAAGGUCAAAAUGCUCAACACCGCAAAGAUUGGUGAAUACAAAAAUAUGAACCUUCCAGGUGUUAAGGUAGAUUUGCCUGUUCUAACUGAGAAGGACAAGGAUUUUAUCUUGAACUUUGGAAUUCCAAACAAAAUGCAUUUUAUUGCCUUGUCAUUCACCCAGAAUGCUCAAGAGAUCAAAUAUGUAAGAGAACUCCUCGGAGAAAAAGGUAGUCAUAUUAAAAUCAUACCUAAAAUCGAGAAUGUUGAGGGUUUGAUGAAUUUUGAUGAAAUUUUAGAAGCAGCAGAUGGUAUCAUGAUUGCCAGGGGUGAUUUAGGUAUGGAAAUACCAAUAGAAAAGGUCUGCUUGGCACAGAAGAUGAUGAUAAAGAAGGCAAAUAUGGCUGGAAAACCAAUUAUAACUGCUACUCAAAUGUUGGAGUCUAUGGUUAAUAACCCUAGACCCACUAGGGCAGAAUCAGCUGAUGUCAUAAAUGCAGUACUUGAUGGAUCCGACUGUGUUAUGUUAUCAGGUGAGACUGCUGGUGGAAAAUUCCCGGUGGAAUGUGUAACAUUGAUGUCAAAGCUAUGUUUUGAAGCUGAAAAUUGUCUAUCAACUAGGGAGCUCCUUUUGCAAAGGACGAUGUCGUUGCCUCCACCACUGUCAGUUGAGGAGUCAGUUGCUAGGGCUGCUGUAUUUGUGUCUAUUGAUAUUGAUGCCAAAUUACUAAUUGUAUUCACACAUACUGGGAAUACAACAAGACUCGUAUCAAAAUAUCGUCCAAAGUGCCUAAUUUUGUCGCUUUCAGUAGAUGAACAUGUCACAAAAUCUUUGACGGUUAAUCGUAGUGUAAUUCCAUUGUUGAUUGAAACAUUUGACAACACAGAAAAAAACAUUAAAAAUGCACUUGAGGUUGCUAAGGAACGUGAUUUAGUAGCAGCUGGUGAUCUAGCCAUUGCUGUUCAUGGAACAAGGGAAAACAAAUCAGGAUCUUCUGAUUUACUCAAGGUUGUCAAAGUUCAGUAG